UCUCAAACAUAUAGGCCGAUGAGACCAUAGAGUUAACACCACCAGUACAAAUCCUUACCAUUCCAUACUGGGAUUUCCACCUAAAAAAUCAACAGAAAGUAGCAGUUAUGGCGAGUAACAUUGAAGAAAAUUCACUCUCAGGUCUCAGCAACAUAUGAUUGGCAGAAGGAGGCAUCGCUUGUUAUCCAAAGGGUAGCUUUCUACAAAGGUGGAAAACGUAGAGGAGUGGAACCCUCUGUGUGGUUCAGAACACCAGUUGACCAAAGUGUUGUUCUUGAUUAUGCCAAGAAAGUUAAAGAACCCAUGGACUUUUCUACUAUCCUAGAGAAACUACAGAAUGGAAUUUAUAAAGAUGUAGAAGCGUUUCACUUUGAUAUGCUUCUCAUUAAAAGCAACUGUAUCGCCUACAACAGCCCAGCUGACCAAGUGUAUGCAGAUUGUGAAACUCUAUUCAAAUAUUAUGAAGUGGAAUAUGGAAAGUUACUGAAGAGAUUGGAAAAGGUUAAAACUGCUCAGAAUCAAAAGAUAUGGAAUAUAGGCUCCUUCAUGCAUGCAAAGAAAGUUGCACGGGAAGAUGGUACAUUGAAGAUUGUCGGUGACCAGAUCAAUAAAAUGGAGGCUACAAUAAUGGAAAAAGAAAAUAGGAUCCAUGAACUUAAUGCUGAUAUUGCAUGGCGCGAAAGGAUCAACUGUUCCUUCAAGAACCACACAACAACAAAAGAAAGUGCUGUCCAGGUAGAUGUUCAUUUAAAACCAAUGCAAGGUGCAGUGCCAACUAUACCAACACGGGUUAACCAAGCUAACUCGGAGUCCGUAAACAUUCAUCCUCGCACAGCCAGACAGAGAAUAAAAAAAACAAUUCGUGCUGUACAACAUAUUCAUGGUGAAAAUCGCCAAAGUGUGGUUGAUGGACUGUGGCUAACUACAGUACGGACAUUGACACGAAAGGAAUUAGAAAAAUAUGUUGGUAGAAGUAAAAAGUGUAGAAAUCUGAAUUUGGGAAGAGUGACCAAACCACAUGACCGGUUUUCAAAAGAAAAUAUUGUCAGAAGUGUUAGGAAUUUGUACAAGGGUGGACUGAUUAGCAGUCGCAAGUAUUCCAAUAUUGUGAAAGAAACCAGUGCUACGUCUAAACCAAAACUUGUGCCAUACAAGUUACUAAUAGCAGAACUUAAAACGAUUCAGUCUCGGCUGGAGGUUACUAGGUUUUCUGAUGGCGUUGAUGCUUGUUACCGCAAUUUUGAAACUGCUCUACUUGAGGUUGGUGCUGUUUAUCUCAAGAUAGAUGAGCACUUGAUGUCAAUGACAGGUUCAGGGUUGAACUGGUUUAACCGCAAUCGUGGUCAGUUUUCAGUUGCCCUUGGUGCUGAGGGUGCUCCUUCUGGUAAAUAUGGUACUAGUACAUCCCUACUGUUCUCUUUACUGAAUGUUGUUGACAAAGUCGCAAGUUGUGAUCACAACUAUUUGCUAUUUGGCGGUAACGUGAAAGAAGAUGACGAGAGCAUCAUGUCAUACCUGAGAAAUCUUGUGCCAGAAAUACAGAAAAUUGAACAGAAGGUUUACAAGAUUGGCGAUACUGAUGUUACUUUCAGUUUAGAUCUCAUUCCAGGUGAUAACAAAUGGCUUGCCUCUAUUUCGGGUGAACUUCAAAUGCCGCAACAUAUCCAUGUAGUUUUGCAGAUGUGCACAAAGAUGAGUUCAACAAAGAAUGGUAGUGUUGGUUCACAGGGCUAUUGGAAGCCAUGGGAUUAUGAAAGACGACUGGGCUUGGCAAAGAAAGUUGAAAAGAUGAAAGAAAACAAUGCAUCCCGACCUAUUAUUCUGAAAGAAAUGGCAAAAAUGAAAUCUAGGCAAGAAUUUGUUCCGGUUCUGGGUGAGUACAUUAAUAAAUGUAUGAUAGAUCCACUCCAUAUGAAGAACAAUAUGUGUCAGCAAAUGAACGCAUUAAUUGUCAAUGAGGCCAUUAAGAGAACAGAUGAUAGCAUCUUGAAAGGAGGGCUACAGUCUCCUAAAUUUGGCACUUCACCUCUAGGGAAAUAUUUCCAUGCCCUGAAGAAUAAUCUCAAAGCUGGAAAAUUGUACAUCCAGAUGAAGAGAUGGUUUUGCGAAAACAAAACAUCCCAUUUUUUUAAAGUCCUGUAAGAUUAGGUUUACUGGUGAAGAAUCGCUCAAGUUCUGCAGGGAAUUCUAUCAUCUCAUUGCGGCAUGUGAUCAGUCCGAUGGACAAACCUCUGAUUUCCAA